AUGGAUGACAGUGAGACGUCCGUCACGGACCUGUCGGUCUCACCGGAGUCGGUGGCGAUUGCCGUCGGUGGAGGGGGUGCAUUACCAGCAGCCGCCAAGCACAUCUACAGUCGCCUGGCAGCGAAUGCUUCCGAAGUCGAUGAGGGCAUGCCAAAUCUCAUAGUUAGCCUAGUGUCAAAUGGGAAUCAGCUCUGGUUGUCUCUCUUAGAGGUCCUGCCUGGUUCUGAAGGAUUGACUUUUUAUUUCCAGUACCUGUCACGCUUCCAAUCCGCCCUCAAUGUGCUGAUAGGCGGUGGUAGUUUAUGGUUGAUUUCUUCUGGAGAACAUCACGAUCCUCUGGCCAGGACGGUCAGCAGUGCACUACGAACGGUACUUCCGCAGACCGAACGGGAUGUCGAAGUUCUGCAUAUGAUGGUGAAUACAAUGGCAGUAACUGCGAGGGAAGAAGGUCGUCUCAUGGUUGACGCUUCCCUCAAUACACUUCUGCUUCUGUCCAGGAACCUUGAACCUGGCGAGGAGGCCGUGUUCAGGGCCAAUGCUGUUGUGAGACUCGCUCAUCCUCCUCCAGGCGCUGCUUAUCGGUGUACCAUCAGAGAACAUUUCUGGUUCUGCAGUAUCCGGAGCAGCACCACCAAUUCUUGCUCUCUCCUUCCAAUGACAAGCGGCCGUUACCAGCCCCAUCGAAGCUUACUCAAUAGUACUGUCCUUUCAUUGAAGGACAGUUGCGAACUCUGUGUGGUCCUGCACAGCGCUUACCUGCUCUAUCGAUCGGCGCAGUUCGAACAUUCGAAGUUCGUGUCACCUGGCUUGGAAGAGCAACUCGAUGCGAUCGCGAUUGGAGAUGUGGCAACAGCCACGAUCACGGCAUUGCCGUCUUUACCAUCGCGAAUCAUCGAACUUUGUCUGCAAUGUCACAGUGGAUCAACAGAAGCCCGUCAACUUUUGCAACUGGCCACCCACAUCAAUGAGCCAUCAAUACUGAAUGGAAUGGAUCUUGAAGAACUGCUUGACGAUGAGAUGGUGACGAUGAUCCUCUGCGAAACUGUGGCUGUUGCUGAUCGUGUCGCCUUUUUGGCAGCGAUUCUUGAACGAAAACCACAUAUUUCUAUCAGCUCAGAGAUGUUGUUGAAAAUGGCCCGAAGCUCGUCUGAUCAGCAUUUUUUCACAACGGUGGUUCUUUGUCAGUGCAUGGGUUAUUCGUCAUUUCCAGAAGAACUUGACGAUAAGUUCGUGCACGAUCUCAAU